AUGGAUGCAUUCAGAGCACCUGAAAAUGAGUCACUUUUGCCUAGUUCCUCUGGUCCUGCCAGAUGGGAUCCCUUCCGUCGUCCCUUGGACUCCAUCCAGCCCUGGCACUUCAGGCUUCUGGCAGCAGUAAUGUUGGUGGUGACCUCCCUGUCGCUUGUUGAGAACCUGGCUGUGAUCCUGGUAACUUUUAAGUUCAAGCAAUUGAGACAACCUGUCAAUUAUGUUAUAGUCAAUUUGUCUGUGGCUGAUUUCCUGGUCUCACUAACUGGUGGCAUCAUCAGCUUUUUAACAAACCUAAAAGGUUAUUUUUAUAUGGGAUACUGGGCUUGUGUCCUGGAAGGAUUUGCUGUCACAUUUUUUGGCAUUGUUGCUCUCUGGUCUCUUGCUCUGUUGGCUUUUGAGCGGUACAUUGUGAUCUGCCGCCCAUUGGGAAAUAUGCACUUGAGUGGGAAGCAUGCAGCCCUGGGUAUUGCCUUUGUGUGGACCUUUUCCUUCAUUUGGACCAUUCCACCAACAAUAGGUUGGAGCAGUUACACCACCAGUAAGAUUGGAACUACUUGUGAGCCUAACUGGUACUCAGGAGCUUAUACUGACCGCACAUACAUUAUUGCAUUCUUCACCACCUGUUUUAUAGUGCCUUUAUCUGUGAUUUUGGUAUCCUAUGGAAAACUGAUGCAGAAGCUAAGAAAGGUGUCAGAUACACAAAGCAGGCUGGGAACUACCAGGAAACCUGAAAGACAAGUGACUAGAAUGGUUGUUGUUAUGAUCGUUGCCUUUCUAAUCUGCUGGAUGCCAUACGCCGCCUUUUCUAUCCUAGUCACUGCAUACCCCUCCAUUGAGCUGGAUCCUUGUCUGGCAGCAGUUCCAGCUUUUUUUUCCAAAACGGCUACUGUUUAUAAUCCAGUUAUUUAUGUCUUUAUGAACAAACAGUUCAGGAAGUGUCUGAUUCAAAUGUUCAGCCGCAGUGCCAUAGAAACUACAGAGUCCAACAUGAACCCAACUUCAGAGAGAGCAAUGCUAACCCAAGACAAAAGAGGCAGUGAGAUGUCCACCAUGGCAGUACGUAGCACCGUUUCUAAGAGGAAAACUGGAGAUGAACACAGCAAUUGCUGAUCUUCUGCUUAGUUGGCAGCUUCAUAAAACAAAAUCUGUCCCAUGCAGGGUGGGAGAUAAGAUCAUUAAUGCAGUGCCAGAGAACAUUUCCUUGUUACCAUCACUUAAUACAAAAAACUUUGUCAGUAGG